AUGUGGUGGACACUGCUGGUGUGCGUAAAUGUCCUGAUUGUACAUUGUGAGGAUCGUACAGGCUUGGGUAUAUGCAGAGGUCACUCCACCUACAGAAAAGCAGAUGAUUCGGAUUUCAGCGUGACAUGUGGAGCUGAUAAUAUCUGUCUAAGCAUUGUGCUUUGUUCGAUCUACUAUGAAGGCUUCAAUGAAUCUCUCAUGGCCCUCAAUGCUAAAUUUAACAUUCCAGUCUGUUAUGGAGUUACAAACUUGGAAGCCAGCACCCCUAUCCUGAAAUUUAAUUUCUCAAUCUUUAGGGAAGAAAUGUCACUGUGUGGAAGCUCUUUAGAGCUUUCAGACCAAGUGGACGCAGACCAGUACUCAAAUACCUCUAAACUCCAAUUUGUCAACAUUUCUGGAAGCAUCAACUCUUGGAAACCAAGUAAUAAUGUCACCCUACAGCGCGAACCUCUUGUUUAUCAGUUCUCCUGCCUCUACCCAUCGCAGUAUUUGGUCAACAACACUGAAGUAAGCAUGUUUGGUACAAGCCUCCCUGUCAGAAAAAACAAAGGAAGCUUCGUUAGUGCCCUCAACAUAAAUCUCUUCACUAAUCGUCAAUACACAACACCUCUUAAGAUUCCACAGAAUGGACUGAAACUGAAAACCCGAAUUUAUGUCCAGGUCAAAGCAGCACAUCUUACUAACAGGUUUAAUGUGCUGCUCGAUCGCUGCUACACAACAACGAGUCCUUAUCCUACAAGCAAGAUCUACUACGAUCUUUUUGUUGGGUGCAAACGUGAUGGGCAGACAGUCCUGUAUUUAAACGGGGUGUCUCAAGAAGCCCGCUUCUCUUUCGAGGCCUUCCACUUUUUGGAGCACCAGAAUUUGACCAUCAGCACAUACUACCUGCAUUGUGUUACCCGACUCUGUGAGAACACCACCUGUAUCUCUAUGCUCCCGAAGUGUAUAAAGCCGGCGAAAAUGGCACUCCAAACCAGCCAAUAUUCAGAAAAUGUGGAAACUAUUUCCUCAGGCCCAAUCAAGACAAGACGUAACAGUGAUGGCUUCUCACUUGCUGAAUGUAGUAAAUGUGUGGAAGGAGCUGCCAUACUUUCAUGUUUGUUGGGUUUCUGCUGUGCUGGACUGAUAGUGCUCAUUAAAAUGUACAUGCGUCACAGAUGUGUUAUUAGUAGGUGACCAUCUCUGUUAAAGAAUUGUUU